AAAAUAAAUCCUGAAAGGUUUAAAUUCUCUGUUUGUUUUGAUUUCCAGCUAGUAAGAAUAGCCAAAGUUUUAGGGACAGAGGAGCUCUUCGAAUACCUGGACAAGUACCAGAUAAUAUUAGACCCCAGGUUUAGUGAUAUUUUAGGAAGACAUUCAAGGAAAAGAUGGGAGAGAUUUGUCCACAGUGAAAACCAACACUUAGUCAGUCCAGAAGCACUGGACUUUCUGGACAAACUCUUAAGGUACGACCACCAGGAGAGGUUGACGGCCAGAGAAGCCAUGGAACACCCUUACUUCUAUCCAGCAGUGAAGGAUCAUCAGACAAGAUUCGAACAAAUUACAGGACACGCUAAUUCUCCCCCACCUAUAACAUCAGCCUCGGGUGGAUUUACCUCAAACACUGGUGCAGGAGUAUCAGCAUCACCAAUUACUUCACCCAAUCUCACAUCUUUUCCCAACCCGGCUGCUGCUCUGUCGUAAGACCACACCACGUCACCAAGAGAUGUUUGGUCUGUUCUGGGCUUAGACACAAUUCACAUAAUGUUGUAUGUGCCGUUUGCAUUUCAUAUCAGUUGUAGCUGAAGUGGACCCAGGCUAAGUGAUUCAAGGGACAACAAAAAAAAAACAUUUUCAUUACAUUUGAACUUUUUUUUUUACUUAGCAGUCUUUAUUAAAAGCCUGUUCUUAAAAAAAAAGAAUGUUUAGUGUGAGCGGCAGGAGUAGAAUAGACGAUUAUCGACUAACCAGUGAGUUAGCACAAUAAGAAAUGUUAAACAUAUGUUGUCGUUCCUCCCCCAGUUUAAAUUAUUGCCAAGUUCAAUUGAAGGUAGCAGCAUCCAAAUGAUGCUCUACAGGUAAGUUAUUUACAAAGUAUACAAGUCUCUCCAAUAUGCCAUCCAGCAUUCUUCAGAAACAUUACAGUGUUUAUAGUUGUAAGAUAAAAUGGCUGCUAAAGCAAGAAAUAUCCAAACUUUCAUUUUUACUUGCGUUGUGAUAAAUGUCCCUAUUAAAUGUCGUGAGAUCGCAGCCAGUUCUCAGCUGUCUGAACAUGUGUUCAUUUUGUUGAUCUCCAUUUUUUUUAUAUUCAGUUUCUUUGUACCAAGACAAAAAAAUGUGUUCGUGUCUUUAGCUUGUGCAAUGCUUAUCUUUCCAAGUCAUCUAUUUAAAGAGAGAUUGGUGUCUGUACUGUCUGCUGGUUGUUUUGUCUUCAUUAUUUUUGUGCAAGUUCAAUUCCAUGUCUUAUUAUUGGCAGCACUCGAAUCACUCAAAGUAUAUGUCACUAAUGAUACUUCCCUGUGUAAAGAUCAUGCACUUAAAAAUAAUAAAUAAUAUUAUGUUCAAUAAUUUAUCAUUCAAAAUAGGUUGUUUUCUUAGAAAAAGAUGCCAAAACCUUAAUUGUUGUUUGUGUAAAACUUUCUUGUGGUAAUUUCAUUUUCAUAAGGUUUGUAACAUUGUUAAUAAUAGUUAAAUUAGAACAAUAAAUCAACUUUGUUGUCACUGCA